AUGGCGGCACAUUGUGUGCUGCGGUCCGUUUGGGGCUCAUUUAAGGCAUUAAAUUGUUCUGUAAGUGGACAUUUAAGUGCGUGGCAAAGGAUAAAAGCGCCACAGUUGUCGCAUUCGGUUAAUCAAAAAAGAGGAAUCAGGCAAGUCGUUGAAACGCAAGAGGAUAAAACGGUGACUAUUGAAGGGAAAAUACUGGACAUUGCACCCGCCCCGCAACCUCCAAACCCAAGCGCCAAGUGUCCAAUCUAUAGAUGGAAUCUGCAGAACAAAUACAACUACACAGAUGUGUUGCUGCUCAGUCAGUUUAUCAGGUCAGAUGGUGGAAUGCUGCCCAAAAGAAUCACUGGUCUUUGUCCUGAAGAGCAUCGCAAAGUUGCCGUGUGUGUAAAGAUGGCUCACAGAGCAGGUUUGCUUCCCGACCACAAACCAAAACUUCCAGAGGGCCACAUCUUAAAGCGGGACAAGCCACAACUCAACAGAUACCUGACUCGCUGGUCCAUCAAAUCUGUCAAGCCCAUCUAUAAACGCGGGCUUAAAUGGUGCAAGAAACGCAUGCCUAUAGGAAGUCCUCUGCUCAAGGACAACAUACGAUACGGCCCGAAGCCACUUUACCUUAAUCAUUGA